GUCUGGUUGAAGACAAUUGUUCCAGCAAGCCAAGUCAUCACAUACCUAUCGAGAGAGCCUUUGAGCGCUAAACACAAAUUAUAAAAAAUGAAAUCAGUAGCAACAGUUGUCCUCCUUUGCCAGUUAAUGUUGACGCUAUGGUCGGCCGGCGCUGUGGCGGCACCACCUGCGGAGACUAACCCGUCCCCGAAGAAUCUAGAAGAUUUUAGAAACCACAUACGCAACACUUUGACAAACUAUUUAAUGACACAGACCCACGCCAGGUAUGGAAAGCGAAUGGUUCCCCUUAGCCAAUCCGUUUCGAAUAUUCGCAACUGGAACGCUCAGAAGCCAAGCGAAGAGUGGCUUGGACAUAACGACGGCAGAGAACCGAGUGGCAAAGGCGAAAACCUGAUGGACAUUUGCUUUCAAAUUAACACGUCGCCGGAAAUUCGAAACCUUUUACUUUCUUAAUUUUGAAACCGUUCCAUACGAAAAAUCUAAAUGAAAUCUGGUAGUUACGCAAUGGCACCAGGGUGUUAAACGAAAAAAAAAAUUACCUAUGUUUAAAUACAUCUCCAUUUAAACGUC